CAGCCUCAGUCACAGAGCAGCUGCAGCGGCCGAGAGGAGCGGAGACAACCGGGGGAGAGGAGCGGAGACAACCGGGGGAGAGGAGCGUUUAGAACCGGGGGAUCUGUCGGUGGGAUCACGGGUCGCAGGACCGAGGCUCCGCAGAGGACACGGGGGGAGCAGCAGCAGCUGAGGCCGGUGAAGGUCUGUGAUCGUCGGUGUCGUUUCAGCGCUGACACCGUUAAACUGUGGAGCUUCUUCCCGACGGUAAACACGUGAGGAGAAUAAUGAUGAUCCGUACUGCGUCCUGCUGAGGGACACACCGGGGCCUGAGACACGGGGGACAUCCACCCCGGGGACAUCCACACCGGGGCCAGAGACACGGGGGACAUCCACCUCAGAGAGGCACCAGGGCUGGAGACAUCCCGGGGCCCAGGCCACACCUGAGGAGUUCUACACCCUGAACGCAGGAUUUAAUGAGCGACUGUUUCUUUCCCACAAUCCUCCAGUGAGACGCUGAACAUGGGCAACAGCUUCUCCAACAUCUCGGCCUUCCAGUCCCUGCACAUCGUGAUGCUGGGGCUGGACUCAGCCGGGAAGACCACCGUCCUCUACCGACUCAAAUUCAAUGAGUUCGUCAACACGGUCCCGACGAUCGGCUUCAACACCGAGAAGAUCAAGCUGAGCAACGGCACCGCCAAGGGCAUCAGCUGCCACUUCUGGGACGUGGGGGGCCAGGAGAAGCUGAGGCCCCUGUGGAAGUCGUACAGCCGCUGCACCGACGGCAUCAUCUACGUGGUGGACUCUGUGGACGUGGACCGGCUGGAGGAGGCCAAGACGGAGCUGCACAAAGUCACCAAGUUCGCAGAGAACCAGGGGACGCCGCUGCUGGUCAUCGCCAACAAGCAGGACCUGCCCAAGUCUCUGCCGGUGGCGGACAUCGAGAAGCAGCUGGCCCUGCAAGAGCUCGCCCCCGCCACCACCUACCACAUCCAGCCGGCGUGCGCCAUCAUCGGCGAGGGGCUGCACGAGGGCAUGGACAAGCUGUACGAGAUGAUCUUAAAGAGGAGGAAGUCCCUGAAGCAGAAGAAGAAGCGGUAACGUUUGGAUUAAAGCUGUUUGAUGCUGUGAAGCCGUGCGAGCUAACACACGAGAACCAAAAAGACUCAAGCGUUGACGUGAUGCAGGAACAGCUGGCCUGUUCUCUGCCGCUGCAUCACUUUGUUGUUCUCAUCCACUGGACUUGAAACCGUGGAGACACACGUUUGAUUUUGCACGUGGCUGCGGUCACUUUGUUUUUCUGGGGUCGGUGACGUCGUGCAGACUUUUCUCUGCGGACACAGUGUGCACCACUUUGCACUUUUCAUUUCCUGACAGAGACGUUCCACGUACCAACAGAGAUCCAGGUUCAUGUACAAGAAAAACAGAAGUGAAGUAUUUUUUGAAUAUUAAAAGAGUUAAAAUCCACAA